AUGGCGGCUGUUUCCUCGGUUUAUGGAAACGGGUUUCCACCCAUUUUCUGUCUCACCUCAACCCGUACCAUCAAGAAAUAUCCUCCCGCCACCAUAUCCCGCGUUGCCACUGCUGCUAAUCCUACCAGUACUACUACACACAGUGAAAUUCAAAAUGGGCCCAUAUAUGCGACUGGAAGAGCUGGGAAGAGUCUUUCAGUUUCGUCCUCGAUAAGACAAUCUGCAAUGCUCGACAUUCAACAGUCCACCGACUUGGCCUCUGCUCUUUCGAGAUCAGGAGAGGUGUUGAAAGCACAAGACUUUAAUGUGAUUUUGCGCCAUUUUGGGAAGUUAAACAGAUGGAAGGAUCUUUCUCAGCUUUUUGAUUGGAUGCAACACUACGGGAAAACAAAUAUUGCUUCUUACAGCAGUUAUAUGAAGUUCAUGGGGAGGCAUCUCAAUCCUCUAAAGGUCCUAGAAAUAUACAAUAGCAUCAAAGACAAGUCAACAAGGAACAGUGUCUCCCUCUGUAAUUCCGUUCUGAAUUGUCUGGUUAAAAGUGGAAAGUUUGAGGGCAGCCUCCAAGUAUUUAAUCAAAUGAAGCAAGAUGGUCUAAUACCUGAUAUUGUUACCUAUAGUACGCUACUUGUGGGUUGUGCAAAAGUGAAAGGUGGCUAUUCAAAGGCAUUGGAGUUGGUUCAGGAAAUUAAGUCUAGUGGUUUGCAUUUGGAUUGCAUAACAUACGGGACACUUCUAUCUGUAUGUGCUUCAAAUAAUCGGUGUGAAGAAGCAGAAAAAUACUUUGAGCAGAUGAAGAUCGAAGGUCAUGCUCCCAAUGUUUUUCACUACAGCUCUUUGGUUAAUGCGUACGCAAUCGAUGGCAAUUAUAGAAAAGCUGAUGAGUUAAUUCAAGAGUUGAAAUCUGCUGGGUUAGAGUUGAAUAAGGUUAUUUUAACAACUUUGCUGAAGGUAUAUGUAAAAGGAGGUCUUUUUGACAAAUCAAGAGAACUCUUGGAUGAACUCCAAAGACUGGGCUAUGCUGGAGAUGAGAUGCCAUACUGUCUGCUGAUGGAUGGCCUCGCAAAGUCUGGAAAACUUAAGGAAGCCAGAUUAGUUUUUAAUGAAAUGAAGCAAAACGAAGUGAGAAAUGAUGGUUACUCCUACAGUAUCAUGAUUUCAGCCCUCUGCCGUAGUGGUCUCCUUGAAGAUGCAAAGCAAUUGGCUUGUGAAUUUGAAGCCAAAUAUGACAAGUAUGACGUGGUUAUUUUGAAUACAAUGCUCUGUGCCUAUUGUCGAACAGGAGAAAUGGAGAAUGUAAUGAAAAUGAUGAAGAAAAUGGAUGAGUCAGCAAUUAGCCCUGAUUGGAAUACCUUUCAUAUUUUAAUAAAAUAUUUUAGCAAGGAAAAGUUGUAUCUACUUGCAUACCGUACCAUGGAAGACAUGCACAGAAAAGGUCACGAACCAGAGGAGGACCUCUGUUCCUCUUUAAUUUACCACCUUGGUAAAACUGGUGCCCAUUCAGAAGCAUUUUCUGUGUACAAUAUGUUGAGAUAUAGCAAGAAAACCACAUGCAAGGCCCUUCAUGAAAAGAUUUUGCAUAUUUUAGUUGCAGGUGGACUUCUCAAAGAUGCAUAUGUAGUGGUCAAGGACAAUGCAAAGUUGAUCUCUCGGGCUGCUAUAAGGAAGUUUUCUACCUCCUUUAUGAAAAGAGGCAAUAUGAACUUGAUAAAUGAUGUGCUAAAGUCUAUUCACGGAUCUGGUUACAAGAUUGAUCAGGAAAUAUUUCAUAUGGCCAUAUCUCGUUAUAUUCAGCAACCUGAUAAGAAAGCAUUGCUUCUUCACUUGCUCAAGUGGAUGCCUGGUCAAGGCUAUGCUGUCGAUUCAUCUACAAGAAGUUUGAUUCUAAAAAAUUCCCACUUGUUUGGUCGUGAACUUAUCAUGGAACUAUUGUCCAAGCAGUUUAUGGACCUCUGUUCCUCUUUAAUUUACCACCUUGGUAAAACUGGUGCCCAUUCAGAAGCAUUUUCUGUGUACAAUAUGUUGAGAUAUAGCAAGAAAACCACAUGCAAGGCCCUUCAUGAAAAGAUUUUGCAUAUUUUAGUUGCAGGUGGACUUCUCAAAGAUGCAUAUGUAGUGGUCAAGGACAAUGCAAAGUUGAUCUCUCGGGCUGCUAUAAGGAAGUUUUCUACCUCCUUUAUGAAAAGAGGCAAUAUGAACUUGAUAAAUGAUGUGCUAAAGUCUAUUCACGGAUCUGGUUACAAGAUUGAUCAGGAAAUAUUUCAUAUGGCCAUAUCUCGUUAUAUUCAGCAACCUGAUAAGAAAGCAUUGCUUCUUCACUUGCUCAAGUGGAUGCCUGGUCAAGGCUAUGCUGUCGAUUCAUCUACAAGAAGUUUGAUUCUAAAAAAUUCCCACUUGUUUGGUCGUGAACUUAUCAUGGAACUAUUGUCCAAGCAGUUUAUGGUGUUGAAAACAAAUAAUUCUCGUGAGGGGAAGACGAAAUGA